AAGUGGUAAGAUAUAUUUCAACUUUAAUUCACUCUCAUAUAUCUCUCUUAUUUUCCUAUAAAAUCAUUCUUCUUAUUUCUCAUUUAUAUAUCUCUUUUCUAUUAUACUAUGGUCAAUAAACUAUGUUCCCAUAUUUUUCAUCUGAAUUAUUUAUGAGACUGGAGUGGCAUAUACGUUCCAGGAACUUUAAUUGCAAACUUGUAACGCAACAACCACGAAAAGAUGAGAGCAAAGCAUACGCAUUACAUCUUAUAAAACUUGAAUAUAUACCUGGUUGCUUCUGGUCUUGAAUAGCUUUCCUUCAAUUUUGUCACAUAUCUUUGAUCAAAUGGCAGAACCACCUAGUGUCUAUAAGCUUGUUGAGCAAUGUCAGAUUGUUCCAGCAAAUUCAAGAGCAAGAAGAACCACUUCUCUUCCCCUCACAUUCCUAGACUUGCCAUUAGCAGGUCCUAUUUAUGUUAGACGCCAAUUCUUCUAUCAGUUUCCACACCCCACCCACCAUUUCUACAAUUCCACACUCCCAACUCUCAAACAUUCUCUUUCCCUCACCCUUCAACAUUUCUACCCUCUCGCCGGAAACCUCAUCUGUCCUCCACCACCACACAAGCCCUUCAUUCACUGCACCGAUGAUCAUGACUCCGUCCCCUUCACCGUCAUUGAAUCCGCAGCUGAUUUCAAGCAUCUCUCAUCCAACCACCCCAAACUUCUCAAUGAGUUGAAACACCUGGUUCCCAAAUUGACCCCCACAAAUGAUGGUGAUCAUGAUGAUGGUAAUGACAACACCUUCAUCUUCCCCCUGUUGGCAUUGCAAGCCACUGUUUUCCCAAACCAUGGCAUCUGCAUCUCCAUCACUUACUGCCACAUAAUGGACGAUUUCUGCUGCAGUCAAUUCAUGAAGACUUGGUCAUCCAUUUGUCAAACAGGUGGUGUGCACCCCACAUUUCUCCAGAACUCACCACCAUGCUUCGAUCGAGAAGCGUUGCAGGACACCAAGGGACUAGAGGGUGUUUUCUUAAGAGACUAUUUUGAAGAGAGGUCAAAUUGGAAACACAAAUUCAUUGCUCCAACUUCUGAUCAUGAUGACUAUGUUAAGGCAACAAUUGUGUUCAGUAGAGAAAAAAUUGAGGGUCUGAAAAAAUGGGUGUUGAAUCAAUGGAAGAAAAAUGUAUCAAAAUUUGUGGUGACUUGUGCAUUUGUGUGGGCUAGUUUGGUGAAAACAAGAUAUAGAAAUGGUGAUGAUGAACAAGAAGAAGAGUAUUUUCGUUUUGCAGCAGAUUGUAGAGAUCGUCUUGAGUACCCUAUACCAGAGGGUUACUUUGGAAACUGCUUAGCACUGUGCCAUGCGACAUUGCAGAGAAAGAAGCUUUUGGAAGAACAAGGUUUUAUGAAUGCAGUGAAGGUGAUUGAAAGGGCAGUGAGUGACAUGAAGAAGGAACCGUUUAAGGAUGCUGAGGAUUGGAGGGUUUUGUUUAGGAAGAUGUUUGUGUCGGGAAGUGUGUUGCUGGUUACAGGGUCGCCUAGGUUUGGUGUUUAUGGGACUGAUUUUGGGUUUGGAAGACCUGUUAAAGUGGAGAUGGUGCAUUCAUUCAAAGGUGUGUCUCUUGCUGAGUGUGGAGAUGAGGAUGGAGGACUUGAGUUUGGGUUGGUUUUUAGAAAAGGGGAGUUUGAUUGUUUUGUUUCUGUCAUUGAACAAGGACUUGAAGCUUUUGCUUUUCAAUCCUAAAUGUAUUUAUGAGUUCUUUUUUCUGUGGAGAUUUUCCAACUUCCAAGUCUACUUUCCUAAGAUUAGUUCAUAAA